UAUGACUGGUACAAAAGACAAAACUAGACAAAGACAACGGAGGAAAAAGACUUCCUAUCAUAUUAAAUCUACUAAUGAUAGAUUAAACACGUUUACGAUAAAAGGGGAGUCAAACAAGAGCGGUCAAUUAGUUCCAGUAGCCAGCUGGAAUUGUUUACCAAUCGAAAUUCAAGUAAAAAUAAUUCAUCAGUGUGCGUUGAAUGAAGGACAUAUAAGAUUGUUUACAUUGGCAAACGUUAAUAGCGAAUGGAGACGGAUAAUCUCAACUGAUUCUUUAUGGAAAGAUGUUGAUUUAGCGAAAGGAACUGAAAAAAUACCUGAAAGAGAUUUGCACCUAAUGACUAUAUAUCUAUAUCCACUGUUGGAUAAGAGUCGAAUUGUACGAUUCAAUAGAUCGAUUACUGAUCAAAACCUUCAAAAUUUCACAAAUAGCUUUAGCAAUAUCAGAGAGUUGAUCUUUGAAAAGUAUAGCUGUCUCCAUCAGACAGUAUUAUUGCAAAUUUCUAAAAAUAAUCUAUUCGAUCAUUUGAUAUCUCUAAAUCUCACAGGAGCUAUUGAAGGAUCCAUAUCAAGACCGGUAAUGAAAGCAUUUAUCGAUCAUGUAUUACCAAAACUGAAAAAGCUAGUACUGUCAAACAACUUUCAUAAAUUGGACAGUUUUGAAAUGCUAUUAGAAUAUAUCUGCACUAAAAGUAAUAAAUUAGAAAUUUUGGAAUUAAGCAAUUGUCUUCCCAGUGAUUUGGGUUCGUUUGCUAGAUUUCAAUUUCAUUUAAUGCGAGAGAAUUGUGUAAAUUUGAAGGUGUUGAAUUUAAGUAAUACUUAUAUUAAUCCCGUUCCAAGUUCAACCCUCACGAACACGGGUGAAAAUUUUGAUCUAAAAGAAUUCUAUAUGAGCCGUUCAAUACAUUCCAAAUGUAAUGGUUCUGAAGAAUUUCUAGUCGAUUUUAUAGGCAGCUGUAAGAACCUAGAAGUUCUUGAUGUUAAAUAUCUGCCGAAUUGUUGCAAUUUUGAUUUUUUACUUUUUUUGCAAACUGAUAAAUUGAAAUAUUUAUGCGUUAGUCAUGUGAUAAGUUCUAUUCCUAUUGGACAGGAUUUUGCUAUUAUACAAGUUUCUAUUGCUUUCGCUAGAUGGAGACAUACGUUGUUGGUUUUAGAUAUGUCUCAAAAUGAAUUGUAUAGAUCUAGUUGGAUGGCUAUUUUGGAGGGUCUUGGAAGGAAUCCAGUUCUCAAAGAGCUAUAUUUAGAGGGCAGUAAUAUAACUUUUGAUGCCGUUAAAUUCGCAUUAAGGAGAUUUACUAAUCUGGAGUGUUUAGAUCUCCGAUCCUGCAAUAACAUAAUGUAUCCAAAGCUCAUUAAAAAGUUCCAAGGAGAGAGUCUGAAUGCUCUAAGAAGACAGUUUUAG